AUGAGCGCAAGGAACGUGGACGACGACGACCGGGAGCUGGACAGUGACGACGUGCCCGUGGAACUUGGCUUCGUGUGCGAUGACGCGCCGCUGGUGCAUGCAAAGGUCCUGCACAACGAGCCAAAUUGGACUGCCUGGGACGGAGGCAAAGUGGGCGGCCGACCGAGCUGGCUGUACCCAUGUGCUGCAGCUGUUCCCUCGACGACGGAGCUCCAGUGCUGCGCGUGCAGUCAUCCGCUGUCUUUUUUGCUGCAGAUUUACUGUCCCCUGGACGACGAAGUCGAUGCGUUCCACCGCAGUCUCUAUGUCUUUCUCUGCCGCUCGGCCGGCUGUGCUCGUCAAGGCGACGGAAAGGCGUUUCGCCUGCAGUUGCCACGGGACAAUGCGUUCUACGCAGCAACUGGCGGUGCCACUGCACUGAAAGUUGAGAAAGCGCAGUUAUCGAUCGGCUUUUGUGUGUUGUGUGGCCAGCGCGCGACGUUCACGUGCAGUGCCUGUCGUGUGGCACAGUACUGCAGUAAACGCCAUCAGAAAGACCAUUGGACGGCUGGAGGGCACAAACAGACGUGUGCUCAGUGUUUGGAGACGCACGUGCUGGUCGAGUCGGACGAGGCGCGAGAGAAGAUGAUCGCGACAGGGUCGACGUACGUCUUUCCGGAACGAAUUUUGGAGAUUGACCAUGAACCAGACAGCCGAGAAGCGGCGAAUCAACACGAAGCAAAGAUGAUGGCAGAGUUCGAGAAAGGCAAGACUCAGGAAAUUAACGACGAUGACGACACGGAUCUGGAUGUGACGCAGCAAGAGCUGAACGAGGCUCUAGGCCAUACGACAGAACAAGAUGAGCAGUACGUGCGCUUUCUCACCAGAGUUGCGAUUGCAAGAGAUCAGGUGUUGCGCUACUCUCGCUGGGAGGACGAAGCUGUGCUAUGGGUGCAUUCGAAGGGCAUGCUUACCAGCAGUGUGCCGCCAUGUGAACGGUGUGGCAGUGAGCGUAAGUUCGAGUUCCAAGUGCUGCCACAGCUGCUGAAUUACUUGGGCGUAGACAAGCAAAGCUCUCUUGGCGACAUCACGUCGCGCAGUUGCGAGUGGGGAACGCUUGCCGUUUACACGUGUGCAAAGAGUUGCCCACUUGAGACCCAAUGCGCCCAAGAAUACCUUCACUACCAACCGGCCUAUGCUGGUACUGCGUAA